UGAUCGAUUUGUUGCAGGAAACGCGGCGAGCUUCAAAGCAGACUGGAAUAAAAACAUAAAACUGUCAUUGACAGUUGGAGGAAACAUAGCUAGCAAGUUUAUUUUCCACACAUAAUCAUUGAACAUUUAGGCGAACAUACUUGAAAACAACAGCUUUUGCAAGCAGGAAUAGUAAUGUCCAUCGUGACAGUACAACUUGGACAAUGUGGCAACCAGGUAGGCCAAGAGUUGUUCGAGGUGAUCAGCAAUGAUGCAAAUGAUACGCAAAGAAAGGUUUACAGUGAAUGCAGCAGUGAGCGGUUCUUCAAUGAGACUGCAAAUAGAGAACUCGUGGCAAGGUCAGUGCUGAUUGACAUGGAACCCAAAGUCAUCUCACAGAUUAUUGCAAAGACUGCCAAAUCUGGGAAGUGGAGAUAUGGGGACCGUUCACACUUCAGUCAGAAACAGGGUUCUGGAAACAACUGGGCAAAUGGAUACUGUGUCCAUGGACCGCGUCAUGAGGAGGUAGUGAUGGACAUUGUGAGGAGGGAGGUGGAGCACUGUGACUGUCUGGCAGGAAUCAUGGCCAUGAUGAGUGUGGCAGGGGGCACAGGGUCAGGGGUGGGCACAUACGUUACUCAGUGUCUCCGGGACGCCUACCCAAACUCCUUCAUCCUCAACCACCUGACAUGGCCCUAUGGCACUGGAGAGGUGAUAGUCCAGAACUACAACUCUGUGCUCACACUGUCACACCUCUACCAGCUCUCAGAUGCCAUCCUGGUUCACGAAAAUGACACGGUUCACAAGAUCUGUGCCCAGCUCAUGAAUAUCAAACACAUAUCAUUCAGGGACGUCAACAAAGUCAUCGCCCACCAGCUAGGGAGUGUUCUGCAGCCUGCACUCACUGGUGACUCCCAUGGUGUCUACAAUAGAAACCCCAUAGGUGAACUGAUGAGCAGCCUGGUGUGUCACCCAGAGUACAAGCUUCUCAGCGUGUGCAACAUUCCCCAGGUGUCCAGCUCCUCUAUGGCUUACAGCAUGUUCACCUGGCCGGGCCUGCUCAAACAUCUACGUCAGAUGCUCAUUGCCAACUCCAAAAUGGAGGAAGGCAUCGACUGGCAGGUGCGAGCCCCCUCUCUCCAGCCUGAAGGGAUAGAGAGGACCAGGAGUCACAGACGACCAGGCUUCAACACCUCCCUGGCCAACCUGCUCAUACUGCGGGGGAAGGAUGUGAACAAUGCAGAGAUAAGUGGAUUUCAGCAUCCGAGUCUAUAUACCCCCUGGCUUCCAGCAGAUGAGGCUUUCAGCAUGUGGAAAACCCCAGUCCCCUUUAACAAGUAUGAGAAGUCUGCUAUACUGGUCAGCAACAGUCAGACUCUGCUGAGGCCUCUGGACAACAUGGUGGGGAAAGCCUGGAACAUGUUUGCCUCCAGGGCCUACAUUCAUCAAUACACUAAGUUCGGGAUCUCAGAGGAGGAUUUCUUGGAUAGCUUCACAUCUCUUGAACAGGUCAUCUCUAGCUACAGUCAACUUUGAUGCUACGGUCUGCUUUGGACCAGUAAGAUACUUUUUGGCCAUGACGAAAACCAGGAUUCACUCCAACCGCAAAUAUUUUUCAGAAAAGACCACUAAAUGCACACAAAACAGCCAUGAUGCCCUACAAAGAUGUCUUUGUUGGGAAGGUAAGUUUGAUUUGAUCCAUUAGCCACAAUAGGUACUUAAAUUAGCACAUGCUUUAAAAGGUUGUACCAUAGUCAAGACAGCACUCUUCAGAUGGUUAAUACCCAGAACUUCAGACAGCUUACAGACUGUUGUCGCCAUGUGAUUCAAACAGUCAACACCAGUCUGAUAAGCUAUCUGACAGGAUGGGAGAGGGAGUAAAAUACCUGCAACAACCAGGACCAGGUCUUUACAAACCAGCUUCAGAAAACAUAUUUUCCGACAGGACAAUAAGCAUAGCAGUAUCUGAAACAAUAAGCCGUGAUCAUAUAUCUAGUUUCAAAUUACAACAUCAAUUCCAUAGUUUCCUUUAAAUACAUUAUUCUCCAAUUUACAAUAUAGCGAUCCAUAUGCUUUUUGAGAAUUUUGGCACUUACCUUUUGGAUGUUAAUUCUUUAAAAAAAGAGGUUCAAGCAUUUUUUCAAUCUUGGUGGUCUGAGUGCCUAAGCACUAUUA